UUCUCUUUUGGUAUCUGUGCUUAGUUAUAUUGAAUCGUGGUUAGGGAUUUUUUUCGUUACUACCUCUGAGUUAUAGCGUUUUUCGGCUUUGAUUUUGGUGUGUAAAAGUAUAGUCUGCCUCAACUCCAAUUCAAGUUUAUUUCAUUGACUUGAUUUUUCAGAUUUCAACUUCUAGCAUGUUGUGUUAGUGAUGUAAGUGAGUCUUAUCCCUUCGUAAUUACUGCCACUUACAUGGAAUUGACGAAACACCGUGCCCCUUCGCCUUUUCCUUUCAAGUUCUAAGAACUUGAAGAUGUAAUGCUAAUCUUGUAAGCUAAGUUGUUCUUGUUGGUUUACAUGUUGUGUUUGUUGUCUUCAUUUCUAAGUUGACUGUGGAUACUCUUUUUACGAAGCAAAUGGCUGCAACGCAAUCAGAUGGUACAUUCAGAAACUGAUCUCAAAAGUGACACUCUGAUAAUUUAUUUUCCGUUAUUAACUAUCUCUCAAGGGUCUGAUUGAAGAGAUAUAGUUAAACCAUCACUUAGUGGACUUGGGAUUUGGUCAUUUUAAUCAAGUUGCAAAAGUUGUUUCAUCAAUUGUAAAAAUUCUGCUGAAGUUGGAUGAAAUCAUGGUUGAAUACUGUGAAUGCUUGAUACAUUUUCUUGGCUGCUGAAUCAAACCUUGGGGAGAUUGCCCCAAAGAUCUAGUUGUUUAGGGGAGAGAAUCAAUAGCUACCUGCUUUGAAUUUCUAUAACAUUUGGAUGUUGGGUGAGUCCUGACAGCUUACCGUCAUUUUAAAGGCAGGAUCAUUCAUUGCCAAUAUAUUUCUGGUUACAUGGGCAUGGGAGGUGAAUUCAAAUACAUGAUCCCCACCACCGAAAAAAAAAAAAAACAAAAGAAAAGAAGAAAAGUUAAAAAUGGCAAGACCCCUGUGAACUGCAUCAUGUACCCUUAUUUUAAGCACACUGUUGCGCUUUUCUUUUGGACCACGUAUUUUUUCUUCAUUUCUCUUCAUUCAAGAAUUAAAUUUGAUAGGAAUGGAUUCGAUGCUUUCUCCUACUCUGUAGGCCCCUGCGCAAUGGGAAAAUUGAUGCUGGACAAAUAGAGCAAUGAAAGAAAGAGAGAGAUUAUGGGAUGACAGAAAGUGGGGAAGGACAGAAGUGGGAAAACACAAUUCUUACACACAUUCUCAGUUCUGAAUUCAUGUCUGACAAAUCCAAAUUUGUAGCAAUCCUUAGAACUUGAACUGGCAAACCCCAAAUGAUAGAAGAGAAAUCCUAAAUUACUAUUAAUUCCCAAUUAAUUUAAAAUACUGUUGUAACGCCUAAUUACUACUGAUUAAUUCAAUAUCCAAAUCACUCUAAAUUUUCAAUGCACGCAAAUUUCAUAUUUUAUACUCUCGUACCCAAUAUUUCUUUCCUAUUGUGUCUGGCAGAGACAGACAUGUUUAUGAUUCAAAAGUCUGAUGUUGCAUUUUUUGUUAAUUUAGUUAGAUUUUGCAUUAUUAUAUAAUUGGUAUGAGUUUUGCAUUAGUGAUGUCUGAUGUGAGUUAAAUUUUUGAUAUACUGUUUAUUUUAUUAUUAAAUUAUUGUUUUUUACAUAAUAUGAACCUUAUAACGCUGUAUGUACCUACACAACAUGUUAUUUGCUAUUAAUUAAUAAUGAUUAAGUGAAUGUGAAAGUAAAAAAAUUCAGUGCCUAAAAGCUCUAUUUGCCAAGAGGUUACAACAAAAAUAAACGACUUUUCCUUUGUUCUUAAAUUUUUAGUCAUGUCUAAAUGGUAUCAUGACACAGAGGGAGUGUGACAGUUCAACACUUAAAUUAGAUAAGAGAUCUCAUCUUUUUGUUUGCAUAUACUUGAGCCAACACUCUUGUAUAGUUGCUGUAUAAUGUGUUAAAAAAUUCUGUUAAAAUGUCUAGUUAUAUAGCGUAAAUUUAUUUUAUUUCUUUAGUAAAUAGAUUAGUUGGUGGUUGGUGGUUGGGGGUUAAGAUAGCAUUUAUUAUUCUAUAGUGAUGUACUCUUAUAAAUAGCAUUAUGUAAAUGAUAGUAGUGAAAAUAAUAAAAGAGUAGUUUUUAACCAAAUUUGUUAUGGUAUCAGAGCCUAUCUGAGGCUUAGAGUUCUUUACUGGGUUCAUUUUUUGUGUUACGGUUUCAAUUGUCUUCGUGCGUUAGGGUUAUGAACAGGCAGGCUCACUAUUGUCGGAGACUAUAUAGCCUACACGCGCUGGACUACCGCCUUCGCUUGCCGCCAACUGGCCGAACCUAGAAGUUCGACCAAUGUCUGCUGCCACGUGCUGGCCGACUAAAUCUGGCCAGUGCUGCGUUUUUGGUGUGUGAGAGCGAGUCUAGGCCUCCGUUUGGCCUCCAGUCACCUCCAUUUUGCUUGGAAUCUCCUUCUCUCCUUGUUUUAGUCAUGUUUGACAAAAAAAACACAUAUGACAGUACUGGGUCUUCCUUGUUUGGGGUUUCUGGGGAGCUGCCAAGUGUUUCAGUUGCUCAUCGAUUGAUUGGAGCCAACUUUCUAGCUUGGUCUCAGUAUGUUCGUACCUUUUUAAAGGGUCCAGGGAAGCUUAGUCAUUUACUUGAGGCUGGUCCUAUGCCAGGAGAACCCAAGUUCAAUGCUUGGGAUGAAGUUGACUCAAUGAUAAUAUCUUGGCUGUGGCAAUCUAUAGCCCUUAAAGUUAGUCACACAUGUUUGUUUCUAUCCUUGGCUAAGGAGAUUUGGGAUACGGUGUAUCGGAUUUACUCAAAGGUAAAGGAUGCUACCCAAAUUUAUGAGAUACAGAUCAAGAUUUUCAAUACCAAACAGGGCAGUAAAUUUGUCACUAAAUACUAUAUCCUUAUGAAGAGUUUGUGGCAAGAAUUAGACCACUAUCAGUGUAUUACUUUGAAAGAUCAUGAUGCAGCUACCUUUAAACGCUUUAUUGAAAAGCAGAGAAUUUUUGAGCAUGUUAUUGGGCUUAAUUCAGAAUUUGUUCCUGUAAGAGUUCAAAUUCUUGGUCGAGAAGAUGUUCUCUCUCUCAAUGAGACCAUUGCCAUUGUAUUAGCAGAAGAAGGCCAUUGAGGAGUGAUGAUGGAAACUCCAUCAGUGGAAAGCUCUACCUUGGUGUCAAGGAAUGUUGCUCCUUAUUCUGUGGAAAAUGAGAAACGAGGAGACUUUUCGAAGAAAGAACCUAUUCGAUGCUCUCAUUGCAAGAAGCUGUGGCACACUAAGGAGAAGUGUUGGAAGCUGCAUGGUAAGCCUCCAAAUAUGAAAAAAGGGCAAGCUCAUGUGGCCACUGAUUCUACUAGAGAGAAUUCUAAUCAGAUUGACCUUAAGGGAGAGAUUGAAAAACUAAGAUCUAUGCUAGAGUCACUUGACAAGGUGACUACUUCUGGUUCUGGUAUAGCUAUCUAUUCUUGGGGUUCUCAGGAUCAAGAGACGAAUCAGAUGAUCGGACUUGCUGAAGAAAGAGAUGGAUUUUAUUUUUUUGAUGAGCCAAGUGAAUGUAGUUUUCACUUGAAAGAAGAGAAUAUCUCAACUUACACAAAUCCAAUCAUCUAAAGCGACUCCUACUCAAACUUCUGAACCCGUGCAUGAAAAUUGUGAGGUCUUUGGGUGGAAAUGACACAACUGGGCAGAAGCCUUCGACUUCCAAUGUUGAGUUUGCAUUAGUUACCUUUAGUACUCGUGGAUGUUAUUCUGGUAUUGUUGCGCAACGGACUGGCUGGACAAGUGACCCUGAUACAUUCUGGAAAUGGCUUUCAGCUCUGUCCUUUGUUGGCGGUGGUUUUGAUGAUGCUGCAAUUGCAGAAGGGCUCUCUGAAGCUAUCAUGAUGUUCCCCACUUGUCAAAAUGGAAGCCGAAGUCAACAGAAUGUGAACUUGCAAAAGCACUGCAUUCUUGUUGCAGCAAGUAAUCCCGACCCUGUGCCGACACAAGUUUAUGUACCGCGCCUGCAGAAUUUAGAUCAAGGUGAAACCAUAGAAUCAGAUACAGGGAAUCGUCUACAUGAUGCUGAAGCUGUUGCUAAAGCAUUUCCUCAGUGUUCUGUCUCUCUAUCUGUUAUCUGUCCAAAGCAGCUCCCCAAAGUUAAAGUCAUUUACAAUGCGGGGAAGCGAAACAGCUGUGCAGCAGGUCCACUUGUUGAUAUAAAAAACUCCAAUUUUCUUGUUUUAAUAUCUGAAAGUUUCAGGGAAGCCUGUUCUGCUUUGAGUCGUUCUGGAAUCACAACUCUACCUUCAAAUCAAAGCCCUGUGAAGGUGGAUGCAGGCCCUGUUGCACCAGUUACCGUUGUCUCUUCUGGCACUGGUAUAACAAUUCCUACUCCCAGAACGUCUCAGCAAGCACAACAGGGGAUGCAACUACUUGUUGUGAAUAAUGCAGCAGCUAAUAUGCCUUUACAGCAACAGACCUCAGGUGCUCUGCAAUCUACACAAUCAAAAUAUGUGAAGGUUUGGGAGGGGAGUUUAUCUGGGCAAAGACAAGGACAGCCCGUAUUUAUCACCACACUAGUGGGUUAUCGGAGUUUUUCAGCUUCUGAAUUGCUUGCAUCAGACUGGCGACACACAAUGCGAAUAGAUCGUCUUAUAUCUCAAGACCACAUGAAUAACCAGCAAUACGUUGGGAAGGCAGAUUUCCUAGUUUUUCGGGCUUUGAACCCGCAUGGGUUUCUUGCUCAGCUUCAGGAAAAGAAGCUGUGUGCCGUUAUCCAAUUACCCUCACAGACGUUGCUACUAUCUGUCUCUAGCAAUGCCUGCUGCUUGAUUGGGAUGCUUUUUCCUGUGGACACGGUGGUAAUUAACCCACGAUUGUCCAGCCAGCAGCAGCAAUAAAUGCAACAGCAGCAGCAUCAGCAGAUGCAAUCGCAGCAGCAGCCUCCUCAACUUGAGCAACUGCAACAUCAGCAGCAGAUUCCUCAGCAACAGCAAAUGGUUGGUGCAGGGAUGAGUCAAGCAGCGUAAGUUCAAGGUCCGGGACGGUCACAACUGGUAUCUCAGGGACAGGUAUCAUCGCAAGGUGCACCCAACAUGGGUGGAGGGGGAUUCAUGAGUUAGCUCCGUUCUGCAUAUUGUUCCUCCACAAUCUAUGCUAAGAUUAUAUGAGAGUCAUGAUGUAUGAGUCUGAACCUCAGAAUGCUGUUGAAAAAAUUGAUCACGUGGCAGUUUUAGAGAUAGGUUGAGUUUCAAAUUGCAGAUAGUUUAGCCUUGUGAUUAUUUAUUUUGCCAAUGAACCGUAAAGAACCAUGCAGGAGGCUUUAUAUUGUUAUAAGAAUUAAUGUUAACAACGCAAUGCAAGUUUGCUAGCUAGAUACUGUGGCAUAGGUUGCCCUUUC